GGUCGAGUCAGACGUUUGAUGUAAUGCUUGCAUACUUGUUUGGAUUGUCUUUUUAGUUGAGGAUAUAUAUCUAUUUUAUAAUCACCAAUCAGUAAACAGUUAUGGAGUGGAGUGAACAGUACGCACAAUCAAUAGCUAAUAUUAAACCCGAGAAUUUCGAUAUGGGAUCAGUAAUUAAACAAGAAAACUUCGAUAUAGCUGUUGUUUCUCAAAAUGAUAACGGGAUUUUGCAAGUUCCGUCAAGUGAUGGACUUAUGGGUUCUCCAUCGGCGAAAGAAAUUGAACGUUUCAAUAAUCUUUCCGAGGAGGAACUAAAAAACAAAUCCCUUCCUGACCACCUAAAAGAAGGACUUGAUAUUGUUAUAGUUGGGAUUAACCCUAGCUUGGCCUCAGCACACGUUGGGCAUCACUAUGCUGGUCCUGGAAAUCAUUUCUGGACAUGUUUAUCACAAGCUGGUUUGGUUCCAAUGGCUGUCAGUUGCUAUGAUGAUUCUAAAAUGUUGGAUUACGGUAUCGGAUUCACUAAUGUUUGUACAAGACCAACCAAAGGUGCAGCUGAACUUACACGUAAGGAGAUGAAGGCUGGUGCAGCCAUCAUGCUUGAAAAAAUGAGAAAAUACAAGCCAAAAAUUGCCGUGUUCAAUGGUAAAGGCAUUUAUGAAGCAUAUGUUGGACAUAAAAAUUUUUGCAUGGGAAGGCAACCUACAACUUUGGAUGGUACAGAUAUAGUAAGUUAUAUUGCAAGCUUUUGCAAGUUGGAGAAUUUUUUAUUCAGUUGUUUGUUUUUUCCUUUUAUUUAAUUAACUUCAUGAGGUGGCCAUGAUAUCAGUGAUAUCGUGUUUAUUAUUUUUGUCCCUUGAUUUAGUUGUCAAUGUUUAAUUAAUGAGUACGUCUCGAGUUUAUUUACUUCAGUAUGCGUUCGUCAAACAAAUUGUCUCAAAAUUAUGUAUACAAUGAUGGAUUCUGUGUGUUCUAUUUUAGGGAAUCAACAAAGUUGAAUAAAAUCUCAAAGUAAACACUAUCUAGGUUAAUAUGUUCAUUAUAUUUUUAACAAUGACAUCUUACAUACCUUAAUACGUGAUCACUUAACUUUGUUUCAUUAUAGAUCAUCUUUGUGAUGCCUUCGUCUAGUGCACGAUGCGCACAACUUCCACGUGCUGAAGAUAAACUUCCAUUCUUUUUAGCUUUAAGAAAACUACGUGAUUAUGUACGUGGUGAUUUAGCUGAAUUACCUGAUUCUGAAGUAGUGUUCGCUGAUUAUACCGAAUUUCGUGUCACUCAACCAGAUCCAAAAAGUUUACGUAAAGCUGAACGACGUCGUAAACGAAAAGCUGAAGCGGCAGCAGCGGCCGCUGCUGCAGCUCUUGCUGUAAAUUCUGGUGAUGGAACUUUAGUGAAUGGAAUUGUUUCAAGUCAAGUUAUGCCUAAUGAUAGUAGUAAUGUUACAACAGUUUCUCAAGCUUCAAAUGGUGUAUCCGUUGAUGGUAAAGUAAAAUCUAAAGCAAAACCUAAACGUAAAAAGUCAUCCAAUAAUAUUAAUAAUUCAAUGGAACAAUCAUUACAACAAACUACAUCCAUACAACAAAUUAUGAAUGCAACUGGUAUUACUACAAAUAAUACAACUGGUAUAACAUUUACAAAUUGUACAACUGAUUUACAAUUACAACAUCAACAACAAGUCUUACAACAACAAGUCCUACAACAACAACAGCAACAACAACAAACAUUUCUUUUGCAGCAACAACAACAACACCAACAGCAGCAACAACAAUUCCAACAACAGUUCAGUCAACAAUCCGUUCAACAACAGCAACAACAACAAAUUUUACAGCAACCCCAACCACAACAUCAAAUGAUUGUUAGUGCUGGUGGUCAUUUUAUGUCUACUACACCAAUGGUUACUUUGUCAACAAUGGCAGCAGCAGCAGCGGCGGCUGCCGCUGGUGGAACAGCUACAGCUAUACCUGUUCAUCCCGGUGGUACUCAAACAGCUGUAGCAUCGGGUUGUUAUGCUGCUGGUACGCCACAAUUCCAAUUUUCUAAUAAUCAUCCAACUGGUACAACGCAACAAUUUUUUAUUAGUCCACAAACUUCAAAUUUAUCUGCAGGUAAUGGUGGUAAUACUGGUGGUGGUGGUGGUCAAACACUUUUACAGUGGUCUACAACUCCAUGUACUCAAGGUGUCCCAACAACUGUUCAAUUUCAACAGCCCAAUCAACAUCAACAACAGGGAAUUGCUGGAACUUGGCCAAAUGUCUCUACUAUUUAUCAUCAACCACAACCACAACAAAUUGGUACAGCUAUCCAAUCACCUUCAGGAGGAGCUGGUACUCCGACAGCUGGACAUACACAGCAGCAGCCACAACAACAAAUGUUCACACAACAACCGGGAGCUAUGCAACAAGCUUCAAUCCAAAUGGCUCACCAAGCACAACAACAAUUAUUAUUUACAUCACAACAUCCAGUUGGAUUACAAGCAGCCGCAGCUACUGGCGGUGCUCCACAAGCAGCCUAUCCACAACAAGUGUAUUUGGCACAGGCUCCUGCUGGUGCUAACGGUGCAGGAACAUCAUAUCAUCUACUUCCUGUUGGUUGUCCUGCUUCGAAUUUCACAAGUUUAUUAUUAUCCGACCAACAACAACAUCAGCAACAACAAGCAUUAACACAAUGUUCUACAGCAGCAACGACUGGAUUACAUCUUCAACGAGGACAACCUACUGUUCAAAUUCAAACACAACAACAACCGUAUCAACAAACUCAACAAUUUCAACAACAUCAACAAAUUCAAGCUCAAACGCAUCAAUUACAAUCAACACAACAACAAGGUACUAUAAUGUCUACUGAUAAUAUUACUGGUCAAACUACUGGUUCCAUUGGAUAUUCUAAUAAUAAUACUCCACAAUUUAUUACAUUAGCACCAGGUGCUCCAUUAAAAGUUAUGGCUGUUGGUCCAAAUGGUCAACUUAUUCAAACUACUGGUUUACCACAGUUUAUGCCAACUGGACCAGUUGGUAUGACUAUAAAUCAUCAACCUACAGCAUUACAAUCAAAUCAGACAUCGAUUACAGUGACUCCUCAACGUCGUGUUGCCACACCUCAACAACAACAACAACAGCAGCAGCAGCAACAACAACAACAACAACAAACAAAUGGACGUAUAGUAUCGACUGCUUCAACAGUAGCAGGAUUUUUCUCCGGGACAGCUAUUUCAUCCGGUACAAUUCCACUUGUACAACCAGCAGCUGGUAUAGUGGAAGAUCUAGUACAGACUACAAAUAAUACUAGUUUGAAUGCUGCAUUAAAUACAGGAGAUGAGAAAUUAGUUUACACAGCUUUAUAAUAACCGGGGGGGUUUUUUAUACAUAUUAAUUAUUUACAGAUAUGAUGCAUUUUUCUAUCGAUUUAACUAUACAAAAAACUUUGUUUUUCCUACUUAAAAGAAAUUUUCUUUUGUUGUUAAAUGUUUAUAUUGCUACCAUUGUGUACUAUUACUCUUCACGGAUGUAUAACAUCGUCCAUAUGUUUAUUUAUUAUUUAAUGAAGUAAUAAUCAAAGAGAAAACAAAUAAGUAGAAUGCUAUUUAUCUAUCUAUCUAUCUAACAGUUUUUAGCAUGUCUUCUUCUCAAUCUAAUCAUUAUGUGUAAUUUCACGAAUAUGAUUUCUUUCUUCCUUUUAAAUGUUAACAUUUUUUUUAGAGAAAAAAUGUUUUACAUGGAAUAGACAAUCAUUUUGUUUUAUUUCUUCACUCUUAUCUCUUUUGCCUGUUUACAUUUUGGUUUUCUUUUUUACAUGUGUAAUAAUUAUGAUCAUUGGUGAUAGGAUGAUCAUCAUCUUAAUGACUCUAUGGGUGGGGGUGGGUGGUUGUGUCUGUGUGUGAGGGGGGCGAGAGCGAGAGAGAGAGAUAGACACUAUCUUGAUCAGUUGAUUUCAAUGUAUUUUAUUUUUUAAAUUUCAAUAGAACUCAAUCUAGUCGUUGUUUCUACCUCGUUGUCGUCAUCGUUUCGUUCAGCUAUCUUUUCUCUAAAGACUUUUAUUAUUAUUAUUAUUAUCAUUUUCUAUUCAACAGUGAUCUAGUUUGAUAUAUAUAUAUAUA